AUGGCUCUGGACAGCAAGCGGAAGGAGCUGCUGUUGGGAACGCUGAAGGAGCUUGGGGAGGACGAGUUCGAGGAAUUCAAGUUCUUUUCGGGCCUGCCUCAAAGCGUACAAGAAAACCCCAGCCGGGUGAUCAUUGCUAACGCACUGGUGAAGAAGCAUGGCGAGAAUACUCUGGAGGAGACCAUCAAGAUUCUGGAAAAGAUCGGCAACAAGAACUUGGCCGAGAUGCUGCGUGGCAACGUGCUGGAAACAAAAGGCGCCGUCUUCUCCAUCCACGAUGAUGAACAGAUUGAUAGAUUGAAGGCAGACCUGCAAGAAAAGCUGCAUAGUUUAUACAGCUUUGUUCCUGAGGGCAACACCGAGCGCUGGCAGCAGCAGCCUCUGGCAAACGUCUACACGGAGCUGGACAUCACCUACGGGGCCGACGUCAGGCCCGACGAGCGACACGAGGUCCUUCAGAUGGAGACGCGUGCCGCCGCGGCCAAGACGUCUAUUCUGCCGUGCGACAUCUUCAAAAGCCAUGACGGGCAGCCGCGACCGAUACGCACGCUGCUCACCGUCGGCUUUGCGGGAAUAGGGAAAACCUUCCUGGUUCAAAAGUUAGUGUGCGACUGGGCCAGUGGGAAUAAAAACCAGGACGUACACUUUAUAUUUCCCUUUACCUUCCGCGAGUUGAACACCGACGAAGGAAAAAACUUUACGCUGGCCAAGCUCAUCCGAUGCUACAUCUGUGAGAGCAGGCACAUGAGCGAGGAGACUCUGAACAUUAUAUUAGACGACCUGCAGAAGUCCGGGAUACGGGACUACGAAAGCAGCCGGAUCAAGAUCUUGUUUGUCUUGGACGGACUGGACGAGUGCAAGUUCAAAAUGGACUUGAAGAAUGAGAAGAAAGUAGACAUAGACGUGACGGUGGCCUACUCGCUGGAGAUACUCCUGGCGCACCUCAUCAAGAGGAACCUGCUUCCGUGCGCCCGGGUUUGGAUCACUACGCGGCCCACAACGGCACGCGAUAUCCCUUCCGACCUCAUCGACAGCAGAACCGAGGUGAGAGGAUUCAGUGAUUCCCAAAGGCUGGAGUACUUCAGGAAAAAAUUUCAAAAUGAGGAGCGUGUCAUUGAGCACAUCCGGAAAACACGCACCAUCUUCAUCAUGUGCCACCUGCCCAUCUUCUGCUGGCUCACCGCCACAGUUCUUCAGGAUCAUUUGGACAAAGGGAAGGAGGGAGAGCUUCCCACAACGCUGACAGACAUGUACUCGGAGUAUGCUUCUAACCAGCUGGACAAGUCCAAGGAGAGACAGACAACCGAAUACACCGAUUACGUGAAAGUUCUAGCAAAGCUGGCCUUUCACCAUACCAUGAGUAAGCAACAGAUCUUCUACGACAAGGACCUGGCGGACAGCGGCUUUGAUUACAGCCAAGCCGCAAAACACUCCGGAAUAUUUACCGAGGUGUUUAAGGAAGUCCGUCCGCUCAGAAGAAACCAACAGGGCAAGAUGUUUCAGUUUGUCCAUCUGACCAUCCAGGAGUAUCUGGCCGCAUUCCACGUGAUGAUUUGCCUCUUCCACGACAACAAAAACAUACUGGAUGAUUCAGAGCAUGCAUUUGAAUGUGUUUCCCAAGAAGAAGAAAAAUCCAAAGUAUUGGAAGAAACAAAAUCAGAAGAUGGAGAAAAAGAAUCAGAAGAAGAAACAGAAGAUGAAUGGGAUUGGAAAAUCACUGAGGUUCACCGGUCAGCUCUCCAGAAAGCCUCAGAGAGUGAAGGAUACCUGGACAUGUUCCUCCGCUUCCUCCUUGGCCUUUCCUUGCCGUGCAACCAGGAACUAGUGGGGGAACUUCUGAAGGCUCCUCAGGACUGGAGGCAAAACAAGUCAAAGAGUGUCAAAUUGAUCAAGAAAAUGAUUAAACGGAACACUCCAGAGAAGAACAUCAACUUGUUCUACUGCUUAAACGAGCUGAAGGACGACUCUUUGCUGAAGCAGUUUCAGAAGGAAAAUAGUUCAUACGAUAUUGACUGGGACAACAUGCCAAAUGACAUGUGGUCAGCCUUGGCCUUCUUUUUACUGACAGACGACGAAACCAUGAAGUCCUUUUACCUGGCGAAUUAUUCUCGUUCGCCUUUGGGGCUCGAGAAACUGUUGGUGGUGGUCAAGGCUUCUCAACAAUCAAUUCUAUAUGAUUGUCACCUGGACAAAGGCAGCUGUCACCUGCUGGCUUCCGUUCUCAGCUCUCCAUCCAACCUGAAGCAUCUGGACCUGUCCGAGAACGAUCUGUCUGACGAAGGGGUGGAGAUCCUCUCAAAAGGACUGGCCAGCCCAAACUGCACCUUAGAAGAGCUCACUCUAGUCGGUUGUAACCUGGACAAAAGCAGCUGUCACCCGCUGGCUUCCGUUCUCAGCUCUCCAUCCAACCUCAGGCAUCUGGACCUGUCCGAGAAUGAUCUGUCAGACGAAGGGGUGGAGAACCUCUCGAAAGGACUGGCCAGCCCAAACUGCAUCUUAGAAUCCCUCUACCUAACCAGAUGUCACCUGGACAAAGGCAGCUGUCACCUGCUGGCUUCCGUUCUCAGCUCUCCAUCCAACCUGAAGCGUCUGAGCCUGAGCCGGAACGAUUUCUCAGACGAGGGGGUAGAGAUCCUCUCUAAAGGACUUGCCAGUCCACACUGCAAAUUACAGUCCCUCAGUCUAUGGAAUUGUAAGCUGGGAAAAGGCAGCUGUCACCCGCUGGCUUCCGUUCUCAGCUCUCCAUCCAACCUGAAGAGUCUGGACCUGGGUGGGAACAAUCUGUCGGACGAAGGGGUAGAGAUCCUCUCGAAAGGACUGGCCAGUCCACACUGCAAGUUAGAGUCCCUCGAGCUGAUAUAUUGCAAGAUCACGGAUAAAGGAUGCGUUUUUUUGGCCGAGGCGCUCAAGUUGAACCCCUCCCAUCUUCAAGUGCUGAAUUUAAAUGUCAAUGAAAUAAAAAAAAAAGGAAAGGCGGUCUUAUUGGACGUCCAAGAGGAUCCCAGCUAUUGCCUGAAGGCUGUCUGGUUGAACAAUUUAGUUGGGUCCUACGUACUGUCCGACGACCUCAAGAGCACCGGGUGUCGACGCUACGGGCAAGAGCGGCCACGCUCACCUAAUUUGAGGAGGUUCGCUCGCUGGCAACCCGACGACGACCUCCCCGAAUUCUGUGAGCGAGGCCGCUUUGCCCGUAGCGCCGACACCCGGUCCUCUUGCGAUCGUCGGAGAGUACAUGAGACCGAACUAAAUCUGAAGGAGACCUAA